AAAGAAUAAUAAAGUUCAUCAGUGUUGGUCAGUGGAAAAAUUAAAAGAUAUAUGUAUUAUGGAACAUCUAUUCUCAGAUGGCAGUGUAAGUUAUCUUUUGUUGGACAGGACGUUGAGUGUAUACCACCAUGGCUAUCUAAAAAGUAUGGAACUAAUACAAAGCGAAUAGAUUUAAGUUACAAUAGACUAAGGAGUGUCAAGGGGUUGGUUGGCUUUGCAGAGUUGCUCGAACUUGUUCUGGAUAACAAUCAACUAUCGGAUGAUGUGGAGUUUCCACAAGUCAACACUUUGGAGACAUUAACUAUAAAUAAAAAUAAUAUAAAAGAUUUAGAGACUUUUCUAAGCAAGGUGAAAGAAAAACUACCAAAUCUCAAAUACCUUUCCAUGCUUGGUAAUGAGGCGUGUCCUAAUCAACUAAGCAGUUACGAAAACGACGAAGAAGACUAUCAAAGAUACCGUUACUACACAAUAUACUGUCUGCCGAAAUUAAAAUUUCUCGACUCGACCCCCGUGACUGCUGAUGAAAGAAAAGAAGCUCAAAGAGUUGGUGCGUAUAUGAAAGUUGUGACGUCAGAAAUAACCGAAUCGUCGCCUACCGAAACUAACAAAUCAGAUAAAAACGCAUCCAACGAUUUGUACUCUCCGCUACCAUCAACAGAUUCAAGAGAAGGCGAUCAUAAAAGUUCGUUUGGUAAAUGUCGGUAUGUUUAUUAUGGAAAACAUUCGGAAGGAAAUCGAUUUAUUGUAAACAACGACUUGUAAAUAAAAAAAAAAUAUCUUCUACUCCCAAUGUGAUGUGGUUUGUGGGUUUGGGUCUGGUCCUGUGGAAUAAAACGUUUCCAAGAAUAAAUGAAUAAUGUGGAUAAAAAUAAACGCAUAUUAUAAUGUAUGGGCAGAAAUUCAGAAUUUCAGGUUCGGUAUAUUUCUAUCGAGGCUUUUGUUUUAAGCUAUAGUCAAAUGUCCCGUCGGUAUUCCUAUCUCUUUUUGCCUUUUGGAUUUAAAGAUUAGUUCAAAAGAUAAUUAUUUUUAACUGUUCUUUUGUUUAAAUAAUUAUUGAUCAUGUGUUACAGAAUAGCCUGCCUCGACCCUGCUUUUUCACGCAUUACUCAAAGAUCAAACUUGUCAAAUUUUGGUUUAUUGAGCUUGCUUUCCGGUUUUGUUGUAAUGUGUAAAUGACAAAGAAUGAAAAGUUCACAAACGUAUAUUUCAUUUGUGUGUUUGUAUUUUUCCAGUGCCAUAUAUUUGAGUUAUUUUGUUUUAUCUAUAAAGUAACAAAAAUAUUGACUGUCGAAAUGGUUGUUUUCGCUUACUAUCGACUAUUAAAGCCUGUGUGAGAGAGAGAUAACACGGUCGUUCGUUCGUUCGCUUGAUCACAUAUUCAAAACUCGUGGAAACAAAUUUUGAGAAUGUAAAAACAUAUAUAUUUUUUAAUUUAUUAUUUUGCUACGACUUAAUAUUUUCACAAUUUAGAGUGUGCGACCUCGUCCUCAUGGUCUUUUAUUGCUUUAUAUCGACAGUGAUAGACCCUGGGGACGAGGUUGGGUUAGUGAUGUUUAGUUCUCUCACUUUACCCUUUAUGUACUGUCACAAUAUAUAUUUUAUUUUUAUUUUUAUAUUAUCAGAAAUAUUACAAGUUUACGA